CACUUCCUUGCUGGUUGGAGACCUCACAGCCCGGCUAGCCGGCUUCUCUCUCUCGCUGAGGAGGGGAGAUUGUGAGGAGCUGCAGAGCCCGACUCUCGCUGCCUCUUUCCCAGAGCACCGGGCAGGGGCCGAGCGGACGUGAGGGGCGUGAAUGGGCAGAGCAGAAUCUCUAGAAGGGAAGAUGAGCACCCAGGACCCUUCAGAUCUGUGGAGCAGGUCGGAUGGAGAAGCUGAGCUUCUCCAGGACUUGGGGUGGUACCACAGCAACCUCACGCGGCACGCGGCCGAGGCCCUUCUCCUCUCCAAUGGGUGUGACGGGAGCUACCUGCUGCGGGACAGCAAUGAAAGGACCGGGCUGUACUCUCUCUCUGUGAGAGCCAAAGACUCUGUCAAACACUUUCAUGUUGAAUACACCGGAUAUUCAUUUAAAUUUGGCUUUAAUGAAUUCUCAUCUUUGAAGGAUUUUGUCAAGCAUUUUGCAAAUCAGCCUUUGAUUGGAAGUGAGACAGGCACUCUGAUCGUCCUGAAACAUCCGUAUCCAAGAAAAGUGGAAGAACCUUCCAUUUAUGAGUCUGUCCGGGUUCACACAGCCAUGCAGACGGGAAGAACAGAAAACGACCUGGUGCCCACUGCGCCUUCGCUGGGCACCAAAGAAGGUUACCUCACCAAACAAGGCGGCCUGGUGAAGACUUGGAAAACAAGAUGGUUCACUUUGCAUAGGAAUGAGCUGAAAUACUUCAAAGACCAGAUGUCACCAGAACCAAUUCGGAUCCUAGACUUAACGGAAUGUUCAGCUGUACAAUUUGAUUAUUCACAAGAAAGGGUGAACUGUUUUUGCUUAGUAUUUCCAUUCAGGACAUUUUAUCUCUGUGCAAAGACAGGAGUAGAGGCUGAUGAGUGGAUCAAGAUAUUACGCUGGAAGUUGUCUCAAAUAAGAAAACAGCUCGACCAAAGGGAAGGCACAGUCCGAUCUCAGUCAUUCAUCUUUAAAUAGGCAGACCUUCCUCCGUGAGGGCUGCCCUGACCCAGGAGCAGGGUGGAAUGUUCCCGAGGCUGUGAGCCACAGCAGGCUUCUUCAGCUGAAAGCUGACUAAGGAUUUUUCUAUAGAAACAAAUCAAAAGCAGAUGCAGAGUCGGACAUUUCAGGACACGCCACAUUUGCGGACUCACAGAAAACUGCUGCCGGUCAAGGCGCGUCUCCCUGAGGAUGCGGACGCAUCAUGGUUCUGAGGGAGGCCGAGGCACCCGGCGCCGCGCCCGGGGGCUCACUCUCAGGACGCGCAAUGGGAGAUGAAGGCGUUUUGCUUUCCCUCAUCAUGCUCCCCGAGCUGGCCGAUGUUAUCUGCCCGGGGCCCCACUCGGCGCCCUGGUCAGCUCCUCUGACAUCCAGGUUGUGCGGUUCCCCGGGAAGGAAACAGCUCUUUGUGUGCCCGCUGAGGCUGAGACCGCUUCUUCUGAAAGUGUGCUGAGAGAAACCUCCAAGACUGGGGACAGGGAGCGGUGUUGGUUUUGUUUUUAUUCCCCUCUUUAUAUAAGAAACAAAACAAUUUCUGAAACUAAAAUGGGAAAGGUUUGCAGUGUUAAUUUUCCCUUUGCAAAAGGCUCUACAGAUAUUCUUCUUCCCUUCUAAUGAUAAGCCUGUGAGAACUUAACGUCCUCUGGACGACUAGGUAGCUUGACAAAGAUGAAGGCACAAUCUAAAAAACACCUCUUUUAGUCAUUUUAGGGGAAAUGUUUUAAAGAGUGAGAAACCAUCAGUUGAGGAAGGGUGAUAAAGUAAUAGAUAACUUUUAGUUUAAUAAUUAUUGUGAUCAUUACUAUAUCAUGUAUUAGAAUAAUAUGAUAAUAAUUAUUAAAACUGUAACAAUAACAGAGCACGUUACUCUUAAGCACUAAGUUAUCUUCAUCCAGCGCUUCCCUAACAGACUGAAAGAGACUUCUCCAGGAGAGCGUGUUGUAACAAUCCCUUCCUCAGAGUGAGUGCUAGGUACGGACCCAAGAGGAGUAAGACACACCCUGCUCGGCAAUGAUGGCCAAGUGCCCUACGCCUUAUUUCAAGAGCACCUUCUGUUGCCAACUGAGGGAGCAACACUAAGUCCACACGUGAAGUAUAAUGAUGCGUUUCUUACACCGUGUUUUCAAACUAGAAUGAGGGGACUGAAGUAGGGGGAUGAGAUAUCAGCAUCCGGAGCUCAUAAGUAGAUUCUAACCCCUCCAUUAUCUUUAUUAAUAGUGGGUUUUUUUUUUUUCAAGAUUGACUUUUGAAGGGAGAGUAAAGUGGAGGAAGAACCCAAAUAAAAUGAUCAUGAUGUAAAGCUAUGACACUGCUCUAGCGGUCCUCAUUGAAUAAGUUCCCUCUGUUAUAUAAACAGCUAGGACUCAGAAAUGACAUUACAUUUUUGGAUGUUUCAACAAGGCUUUUAAUGUCUUGUUGUAUCACAUGGAAUAAACCAAAUGUCAAGUUAAAAUGUGUUCAGUUUGCAAAGUCAGGAGUUAGAAAUCCUCACUGAAAUGUACAGUUUCGUGUAUUGUUUUCUUAGAACCAAGGGUGUUUGUGUAGGUAAUAUUGUUUUGACUUUUUGUACAAUGUCAUGUUUAUUUAUAUUCUGUGGUUGUUUAUUAAAAAGACAUGACUUUGCUGUGCCUGUAUUUUGCUAUUAAAUUAUGUUUUUUAA